AUGGCCCCGGGAUGUGCCAGUUGUUUCUCCACGCGAUUGCGAGCGCCGCGAUCCUCCGAGCGCCGCGAGCGCGGUGAGUCGGACUCGGAGCCCGACGGACCGGAGACGAAGAUGCGGCAUCUUCCCGAGCGCCGUGGAGCGAGAUCCGUGCGGACGCCGAAAACGGAGCGAGACCGGGUGACGGAGCGCGGAGCACUGAGCGCGGUGACCGUGAGCUCUUCCCCGGUGCCCUCCACGAAAAGUGGGUCAAGCGCAUUAGCCUCACCUGUGACGGUGGAUGAGCCACUUCUCAGUGACCCUGACUUUGCGGUUUUUCCCAAGAGUGUGCAGGUGGCACGUCUUCCCCUGGUUAUAUUUGAUGAUGAGGUGGAAGAACAAAGGAUUUGGGAAGAAGGCUCUGUAAACAAUGGAGUUGUGAGCCAUGGGCCUGGGCCUCCUGAUAUCAAGGUCAAGAAUCCGGUGGUGAUGUCAAACGCCUUCAAGGGCUUUGUCGUCCAACCAUAUGAGUUGCGAUAUCUUCACUACCGGAAUGUUGGCAUUGUUUUCGCACGCCCCCCCGGUGGGCGCUUCAUGCAACCCAGCAUCGAUACGGUUCUCGUGUGCAGAGGCUUGGUGGACUGUUUGCAAAGCUUCAAGACAGUGACGCGAUUGAUCGAUGUUGGAUCUGGUUCUGGCUUCAUUGGGAAGUUUGCAGGGCAUUAUGCCCAGGGUCCUUCCGAACUGGAAGUGACACUAGUGGACAUCGACCCGACAGCCAUCAGUUAUUACAAGAACCGGACCUUCAAUUCGGAGAGUGCCACCAUGACAGGCAGGCCAAUUGAUUGGAAAUUCUGUGCGGAAGAUGCUGUGAGCUUGCUAGACCAUGACUCGGCCUUUGACCUUAUUGUGUCCAACCCACCUUACAUCCCUACCAAAUCUGAAGCCUCUGGUAGCUUGUCACCACUCUCUGGUGGCUUUUGGGAAGGUGUUGGUUUGGUGGUGUAUUUGUUGAAACUCAUCUCUCAGCGUGCUGCCUCGGGCGCGCGGCUGGUGUUGAUGAUCACAUCAUUGACAUUGAAGGCACCAGCGAUCCUCGAGGCUCUAGAGACUGUAGUGAAGAAGGGCUGCCGCAUGAAGAUCUUGUUGGAAAGAGAGAUCGCAUGGAAGGCGUGGUAUGCCGGGCCACAUUCAUUAGAUCACUUGCUUGCUACUGAGAAGGAGUCUCGCUACCCCCACCAAGUGGCGGGCUGCGAGUUUUUCAUCGGGGCGACAGCACCAGGCAGCAGCCGCACUGGCAAGGAUGGUCGGGAUCAGAUGUUCGGCUACCAUUGGCAUGUUGCUUACGUCCUUGAAAUUCAGGCAUGUUGAAACAGCUCCAUGUUCUUUUGGGCGUGUGAUGCACGCAGUAAAAAAUAAACGCCAAAUGGAUCAGUAGUGCACGUGCAAAAUUUGGGAAGCACCCAGAAGAGUAGGACCCGGGUAGGACCCUGGACUGUGAAAUUCCGUGAACAGGACAUCUCCAAGACCUUGUCUUGGAUGUCGUUUCACAGCUCCAAGACACAGCUCCGUGUGCAGCCGCAACCCACAGAUCUUCAGCAACAUGGCUUUUCAGAGUUGCAGACACAACUUUCGAGUGCUGUAGUUGGUCAUUGCUAUAUCUUUGUUUUUUCUGGGUUGCUAUUUGAAAGGCUGCGUUUCAUAGGGCACCACGAAGAACAUGCUUGUGUCCUGGAAGGCCAACGUUUUAGCAGUUCUGGCUCAACUUUUGGAAUGCCUGGCACACUUCGCUUCAUUUUCAUCAGGCAUAGUUGAGCUUCGAGCUGGAUAUUUUGAGCUCGUGCAUUUGGGGGAAAGA